AUGGAAGGUGAGAACUCUUUUUUAACAUUAGCUCCACCAGUUUUUGAUGGAGAAAAUUAUCAAGUUUGGGCUGUCAAGAUGGAAGCUUACCUGGAUGAGUGUGAUGUCUGGGAGGUAGUGGAGGAGGACUACAAAAUUCCCCCUCUACCUAGCAAUCCUACUUUGGCUCAGAUCAAAAAUCGCAAGGAGAAGAAGACUCAAAAGUCUAAGGCCAAGGCCUGCCUUUUUGCUGCUGUGUCUCCAACAGUUUUCUCAAGAAUAAUGACUCUUGGAUCUGCCAAGGCAAUUUGGGAUUUUCUCAAGGAAAAAUACCAAGGAGAUGAGAGAAUCAGAGGCAUGAAGGUUCUAAACUUGGUGAGGGAAUUCGAAAUGUUGCACAUGAAGGAUUCUGAAACAAUUAAAGAAUACUCAGAAAAGUUGCUAAGCAUUGUAAAUAAGGCUCAAGAGCAGAGAAGGUUAAUGAGGCAAGAAGGCUUCAUUGAGGGAGCAUUACAAGCCAAGCUGCAGAGCACUUCUAGAGGCAAAGGCAAGAAAGGAGGAAAAGGAAAGCAAGGCAAUGUUGGAAACUCUGAGGCUGCUACAACGGGAAACAGCAGUAACAAGAAGGAAGGAAAAUAUCCUCCUUAUCAGUAUUAUGGAAAGAAAAAUCAUCCUCACUUCAAGUGUUGGAGGAAACCUAACAUGAGGUACAGGAAAUGUAAUAAGCUUGGCCAUGCAGAAAUCAUCUGCAAAAGGAAAGCGGCUCAGCAAUAG